UGUUAAGGUUCGCAGUUUUUGUCGUCUUCGUUGCUUCAAUUGGCUUUGCCCACGAGAGUUCAACAUCUUCGCCAGGAGGUAAAAAUGUUUCAAAUGACUCACGAAUGGAAACUGCUAAUCUGACAAACGCAUCGAUAAACUGCGGAGACGAGAAGAUCAAACUUCGAAUUAAGAAGUCGGACAUCGAGAAUAUUCUUAGAUUGAUGCUUCAGUAUACUACCAAUGUCGUAGAGAUGGAAUUGACAAUCCAUUCCAAGAAUGAAACGCGAUCUUUUCCUAAAUAUAAAUGGUCUUGGGCCAGCGAAAUUGGUCGAACAAUCAUUUCUUUGAUUGCACGACCUUUUAUUAAGAUAUUAGGUGUUCCACCCAGUAGUCUGAACUUUAUUACCUUAAGACGUGGGAUCGAAAAGGUGAAUGUUGCUGUCUUUGAGGAAAUUGAGGGAUGCCUACCAACAGGAAGUGAUGGAUCUGAACUUGUUUUCGACUUUCUCCUACAUCAGCUUUCUCAUUCAGACGACACUCAUGAUUAUAAGUUAUGUCGCCCUCAUGCUGACGAGGACGGUCUCAAACAGUAUAACUGUUGCAGAAUAACUAGUGGGGAGCUUUCCGUUUGUGGUGACGUCGACUACAUUUCGGAUACAAUUGAUGAAGCUGGUAAAUGCAUAACGAUCAUUACAUGCGUCAUUGUUUUUUUUGGUCUCCCAUUAAUUAUUCAAUAUUUGCGUGUUAUGAAUGCGCGUGAUAAGAGAACAGGCGAGAAAAAAAAAUAUGAAAUUAGUGACAGCCCACUAGCACUUAAAACAAUUUUAUAUACUCUCUUUAUUGAAGGACAUGGUGAAGUAAAAUCUUUCGCCAGAAGAUUUUUCUUCCUGCUUACAGCUGCAUUAUUGCAUAUCAUUAGUACUUCAUCCGUCGCUAUUCAAGCAAUUUCUGGGUCUUUAGUUUUUCUCGCGCCAUGGGACAUUUUUUCAAUAGGAAAAGAUGUUGAGGACGAUGAGUAUGACGACUAUAUACUCACCAUCACUUCUCCAUUUAAUGUGAAUCUCUGGUCGAAAUGUUUGACGUUUGAUCAGAGCCAAUCUCGUUGGAAAAAGAUUCUUUGCAUAUGUUUCUUUCCUAUUUUGUUUUGUACUGUUAGCUUUUUGUCUAUACUUUCAUCGGGUUUUGCGGUGUUGGUUGGAACAUUUUAUAUUCUGCCGUAUACUCAAAUCAAAAGUUUUCCUUUGUAUAUAAAUGUUCCCAAACUAUUUGCACCAGCGGUAGCAAUUUGGUGCAUAAACGCCUUUGCUUCUUUCUUGAAUAUGAUGCUGGCGUGGAUGGCUGGUAUUUAUCUUAAUGGACAAUUUUUUAGUCCAUACUUCACGGCAAUCAUGGGUGUUGUUAUUUAUUCACUGAAGCACUGGAGAUGGUCAAUCGAAGCGAAGUAUCUGGUUCUUAAAACGAACAUAUACGAAGUAUGCAAAGAAAUGUGGGAGAAAAAUAAAAAUAAUGAAGCAAAUCCAGAUGAAGAAAUUCAACCUGGGACAUUUGAUUUUAAUAUUAAAGAUGGUAAAGUCCCAAAAGCUCUAUACAAAGAAAUAAGAAAAUUAAACCUGCCCUUUCACAGAUUAUUGUUCCAUUUCUUCGCUAAAAUAUUUAUUGUUGCAAGUUUCUUCGUCGUCGUUCUGGUCAUGAUGUUAUUAGCUCAAAAUUCCAAAAUCUCAGGACCCGUUCAAAUAAUAAGCACGAUUGCAGCAAGCACAUUGCCGUUUAUCUUCGACACCUUAUGGACUGAAGAUACUUUUGAACAAAAGAACGCCUAUAACAUUGAGCAACAGCGAAAUAUCAAAGGACAACUGACUCUAGUAGCGAGAUAUGACACCGAAAUAAGAAUCAGAGUACACGAAAGACGUGUAGAAGACAUCGACAAUAAUACUUGGCGUGACGUUUUUUUUAUUUUUAAUCCGAUUAUGAAAAGAUUUUAUCAAUCUUUGAAUAGUUCAAAUGUGUGAAUAGUCAAAAUCCACAAAUUGAACAGAACAGUGAAAAUCAGGUACUGUUUGAAAAAUUAAAAAUUAGAUCUAGUGCAGAUUGAUUCUUAAUUUUUGCACCCAUUUUUCCCCGUUUGUCACAUAGUUCGCGAUUAAACGUUUUCUUGAUGCAUAAUAAUUAUAUAUAGAAACUACAAUUGUUUUUGAAAGAAGUGGCGGAACGGAGAAAGUUGCAUGGGCAUGCAGUUAGGUAUAUUGUGGGGCCCUCUUUGCUAGUAAUCAUUUUACUCAUACCAUCAUCACGAUGUUUCAUUAUUUAUUUUCUACAUUUAGUGUAGACAACAUACCAGUCUCGCAUGACAGCGGGACAUUAGUUCUUGUCCCUACUUUGUGCGUUGCGCCACUGUUCGCUAUAAAGGACAUAUACAUGCACUAUAUCUAUCUACAUAGUUAUUUUUAACUGCAUGGGUCAAGUCAGUUGUUCAUGUAAUGAUGAAAGCUUUACUAUUCAAUUUUUCUAUAUAGUUACAAUUGCGAAUCACGCUUAAAAGUAACUUACAAUUGCAUGGCUACUUGCGGUUACAAUUUUACAAAAGCCACAUUAAUUACUGUAACUUAUGUAGCUACUAAUAAGUAAAAACAUUUUCAUAUAGCGCAUCAAUAGUAUGAAAUCUAAUGUUAAUUAAACUAUUGAAAUGUCAAAAAACUGCUAAAACCAAAU